GCUCUGAGCUGAGGCCUCCUCUUCAGCUGUUCCAUCUCCUGGAGAUUCCAAGUGUCUGUGCAGCAGCCUCUGUGAUCCUGUGACCUUCAGGUACUGGGAGAUCUGUAGGGAGGAUACCGGGACAUCCCGGGAGCAGGGAAAUGGCGGGCUGAGAUUCCUGACCCGGGAGAAAUCCACACAUGCGCUAUGGCGGAGGGAGUGUUGACAUUCAAGGAUGUGUCUAUUGAAUUCUCUAUGGAUGAGUGGGCCUGCCUGGACCCUGCUCAGCAGCAUUUGUAUCAGGAAGUCAUGUUAGAGACCUACAGAAACCUAGUCUUCCUGGGUCUUGCUGUCUCUAAGCCAGACCUCAUCACCUGUCUGGAGCAAGGCAAAGAACCCUGGAAGGUGAAGACACAGCAGACACUAGGCAAGCACCAAGCUCUAUGUAAUCAUUCUUCUACUGAAGACCAUUUGCAAGAGCUGGGCACAAAUAUUUUAUUUCCGGAGAUGAUCCUGAGUGGAUAUCAAAGCUGUGACCCUGAGAAUUUAAACUUUAGAAAAGACUGGGAAGGUGUGUGUGAGGGUAAGGAGCAGAAAGUAUGUUACAGUAGUCUUGACGAAUGUUUAACAGCUACUUAUGGCAAAGUCUUUCAAUGUAGUAAAUGUUUGAAUGUCUUUAGACAGUUAUCAAAUCUAAAUAGACAUAAGAUCAUGCAUACCUUAGACAAAACUUUUAAAUGUAAAAAGUAUGGGAAAGCUUCUAAGCUCUGCUCACACAUCACAGAACAUAAGAUAACAAAUACUAGAGAAAAACAAUACAAAUGCAAAGAAGGUAGCCAAGUCUUCCAGUCUUCCUCAAGACUCCAUACUGGAGAGCAACUCAACAAGUAUGAAAAUGAUGGCACAUGUCUUAGCCACAGAUCAAAGUAUUAUAACCAUAAGAUUUUGAAUAUUGGAGAAAAACGCUACAAAUAUAAGGAAUGUGACAAACUUACCAAGAAGUACUCACACAUUUAUGGCCAUAAAAGAAUUCAUUCUGGAGAGAAACGCUACAAAUGUCAAGACUGUGGCAAAGCCUUCAAACAUUACUCAAGCCUUUCUGUACAUAAAGUACUUCAUUCUGGAGGGAAACCCUACAAAUGUGAAGAAUGUGGCAAAGCCUUUAUCAGGCACUCACUCCUCUCUAGACAUCAAAGAAUUCAUUCUGUAAAGAAACCUUACAAAUAUCAAGAGUGUGGCAAAGCCUUUAACCAGUACUCAAGUCUUUCUGUACAUCAAAGAAUACACUGUGGAGAGAAACCAUACAAAUGUCAAGAAUGUGGCAAAACCUUUAACUGGUACUCAUACCUUUCUGUACAUCAAAGAAUUCACUCUGGGGAGAAACCCUACAAAUGUCAAGAAUGUGGCAAAGCCUUUAAGCAGUCCUCAAACCUUUCUGUGCAUCAAAGAAUUCAUUCCGGAGAGAAACCCUACAAAUGUCAAGAAUGUGGCAAAGCCUUUAACCGGUACUCAAGCCUUUCUGAACAUCAAAGAAUUCACUCUGGAGAGAAACCCUACAAAUGUCAAGAAUGUGGCAAAGCCUUUAAUGUUAGUUCUUCCCUUACCAAACAUCGAAGAAUUCACUCUGGAGAGAAACCCUACAAAUGUCAAGAAUGUGGCAAAGCCUUUAACUGGUACUCAAGCCUUUCUGAACAUCAAAGAAUUCAUUCUGGAGAGAAACCCUACAAAUGUCGAGAAUGUGGCAAAGCCUUUUACCGGUACUCAGGUCUUUCUGUACAUCAAAGAAUUCACUCUGGAGAGAAACCCUACAAAUGUGAAGAAUGUGGGAAAGCCUUUAACCAGCACUCAAGCCUUUCUCUACAUCUAAGAAUUCACUCUGGAGAGAAACCCUACAAAUGUCAAGAAUGUGGCAAAGCAUUUAACCGGUACUCAAGACUUUCUGAACAUCAAAGAAUUCAUUCUGGAGAAAAACCCUACAAAUGUCAAGAAUGUGGCAAAGUCUUUAACCGGUACUCAGGCCUUUCUGUACAUCAAAGAAUUCACUCUGGAGAGAAACCCUACAAAUGUGAAGAAUGUGGGAAAGCCUUUAACCAUCACUCAAGCCUUUCUCUACAUCUAAGAAUUCACUCUGGAGAGAAACCCUACAAAUGUCAAGAAUGUGGCAAAGCCUUUAACCGGUACUCAAGCCUUUCUGAACAUCAAAGAAUUCAUUCUGGAGAGAAACCCUACAAAUGUCAAGAAUGUGGCAAAGCCUUUCAUGUUAGUUCAUCCCUUACUAAACAUCAAAGAAUUCACUCUGGAGAGAAAUCCUACAAAUGUCAAGAAUGUGGCAAAGCCUUUAACCGCCCCUCAAGCCUUUCUCUACACCUAAGAAUUCACUCUGGAGAGAAACUCUACAAAUGUCAAGAAUGUGGCAAAGCCUUUCAUGUUAGUUCAGCCCUUACUAAACAUCAAAGAAUUCACUCUGGAGAAAAACCCUACAAAUGUCAAGAAUGUGGCAAAGCCUUUAACCAACAUGCACACCUUUUUACACAUCGCAGAAUUCACUCUGGAGAGAAACCCUACAAAUGUCAAGAAUGUGGCAAAGCCUUUAACCGGCACUCAAGUCUUUCUGAACAUCAAAGAAUUCACUCUGGAGAGAAACCCUACAAAUGUCAAGAAUGUGGCAAAGACUUUAACCGGCACUCAAGGCUUUCUCUACAUCUAAGAAUUCACUCUGGAGAGAAACCCUACAAAUGUCAAGAAUGUGGCAAAGCCUUUAACCGGCACUCAAGCCUUUCUUUACAUCUAAGAAUUCACUCUGGAGAAAAACCCUACAAAUGUCAAGAAUGUGGCAAAGCCUUUAACCAGCAUGCACACCUUUUUACACAUCGCAGAAUUCACUCUGGAGAGAAACCCUACAAAUGUCAAGAAUGUGGCAAAGCCUUUACUUUCAGUUCAUCUCUUACUAAACAUAAAAGAAUUCACACUAGUGCUGUGGUUCUCAAUGUUCCUAAUGCCGUGGCCCUUUAAUACAGUUCCUGUGGGUCGGAACCCACAGGUUUAGAACCUUCGCUCUAGAAAGAAGCCCUACAAAUGUGAAGAAUGUGGCAAAGCCUUUAACCACACUCACACCUUCUGAACAUCAAAGAAUUCAUUCUGGAGAGAAACCCUACAGAUGUCAAGAAUAUAUAUGGCAAAGCCUUUAAACCCUACUCAAGCCUUUCUGUACAUCAAAGCAUUCAUUCUGGAUAGAAACCCUACAAAUGUCAAGAAUGUGGCAAAGCCUUUAAACAUACUCAAGCCUUUCUGAACAGCAAAGAAUUCACUAUGGUGAGAAACCGUACAAAUAUCAAGAAUAUGGCGAUGCCUUUAAUUGGUAAUCACACCUUUCUGAACAUCAAAGAAUUUACUCUGGACAUAAACCUUGCAAAUUUGAAAAAUGGUUUAAAGCCUUUUAACGUAGGUCAACUAGUAGUACACUAGAAAGAAUUUGUUGUAGAGAGAAACUCUAGAAAGGUCAAAAAUGUGGCAAAGCCUUUAAUUCUUUUGUGAACCUUUCUAGACAUUUAUGAAUUUAUUCUGGAGAGAAACCUUAUAAAUAUGGACAGUGGGCAACCUCUCACGUUCAAUCCUCCCUGUACAUAGAAGAAAUCACACAGGAGAGAAACCCUCCAUAUGGAGACUAGCAGUGCCUUUACCUGGUGUUCAUAGCAUGCUAAGCAUAAAAGAACUCAAACUGGUCAGAAAUCUUACAAAUGUGAACAGAGUUUUUACAUAUAUCUCAUGCUUUUCCAAUCAUAAUUCUAAUGGAAGAAAUACUCUACAAAUGUCAGUCAUGUCUCAGAGCCUUAAAGUUGUGUUUAUCCUGUUAGGUAGGGCUAAGGAGAGACAGGGGCAGAUGAUACUAGAUCCUUUGUCCAUAAUGUAAGAAGAACAAAUCAAGCAGAAAGGACUUCCAGGAAAGAAAAGCUGACAUUUCAAGAAGGUUUCCCAAAACUGAACUGAUGUUUGUUCUACAGACAUGAGUCUCAGAGGUAGAGAGGCCACAAUGUGGAGAUAUGGCCAAGGCCACAUGAAGGGGGUCUUUGGAGUGGGCAAACAAGUAAGAAGACUGUAGAUUCAAGUGACCUAUUUUCAUGAACAUAGUAUAAUUUAUACCAGUUCUAUUAUAUUGUACAAUUACAAUGACAAAUAGUGUUUGAUGAUGACAGGCAUAGAAAACGGAGGACUCUCCAUUCUGUAAGGUUUCCCCAUUUCCAAGAAAUAUCACGAAUACUUUACACCCAUACCACUUAACCUGGAAUUGGAAAAUCCGUUUAAGGGGAAACAUCUUGCUUAGGGUCUUCUCCACUUGAAAAUGUAGAGGUGUUCCUUCUCUGGAGUGUACAGUCCUUUAUAAAAUUUGCCCUUUUGCACACUUGGAUCUGCUUAUUCUGCUCAUUUGUUUCACUGCCUUGGUUGUAAUAACCGUUCUUUGGCAACUGAAAACAAAAAAAAUGGAACACAUACCCCCCAUCUGGUCCCCUAAUAUCUGACAUUUUGGUGUUACUAUCUGGGAGGAAAAUAUACAUCUUCAGUAAGACAAGCUAAUGGAACAAUAGACAUUCUGAAUUCACUCUACCUGUUGGAUAUUACUUAUUACUCCUCCAUCUCUCUGGCUGUCUUCAUUUCCAGGUAAUGUAGCUCCUUACCUGCCCCUGCUUCAUCUGCUUUUUUCUUCCACAGCUUGACAAUGCACUUCAUCUCCCAGUUAGGGCUGAUAUUCAAACACUUCAAAAGGGGUCUCAGGCCCCACACACAGAAUGUUAGACCGGAUUUUAAGGUAUUGAUAACCAGAAUGGGGACAGUGAGAGAAAGCCAGGACAUGAGCAGAUCUUUUGGGGUUUUUUUGUUUUUGUUUUGAGACAGAAUCUUAAGCUGUCACCCUGGGUAGAGGGGUGCUGACAUCACAGCUCACAGCAACCUGGAACUCUUGGGCUUAAGCAAUUCUCUUGCCUCAGUCUCCCAACUAGCUGGAACUACUGGUGUCCCCCACAAUGCCCGGAUAUUUUUUUUGUUUGUUUAUUUAUUUUUGGUUGUAGUUGUCCUUGUUGUUUGGCAGGCCCAGUCUGGAUUCAAACCCUCCAGCUCUGUUGUAUGCCACUUGAGCUACAUGCACUGAGCCCCAUUAGCAGAUCUUUAGAGCGGAAGGAAGCUUUUGAAAUGGUAACUAUCACUAGGGAAGAAGGUUUUGGGGCACUGAAUUCCCAUAGAGGCUCAGGCAAGAAGACACCAGGCCUGAGCCCUUCCCAGUAUGUCUUGGUUCCUGGAGUAAGAAAUGGCUCAGGAAGAAGCCUAUGCUUGGGCUAUGCCCUCUCUAUUAGAGAGGUGCAGUGGAAGUGACAUUGCCCUCUCCUGGAGAGAGGCAAUCACAUUCACCCUCCCAGUGGUUCUCAACCUCUGAGUCACGCCCCUUUGUAACAAUGAAAAUACAUCACGGCAUUAGGAAGGUUGAGAACCACUCACACCCUGUGAAAUCCCUAAACCAGCACUGACCGUCCGAAACUCUCAGUCUGAUGGACAAACUGCAACUUCAGAACAAGCUCAUCUGGGAAGGCUGAGUGUUGGCAAGCUGUCUCUCUCUGUCAUAGUAAACAAAUUUUUAUGCAUAACAUUAGAGCCUCUCCUCUGCUCUCCCUGGACAUUCAGGGCUUCUGUUUCCCUCUCCUAUAUCUCUCUUCAAAAUGGAAAGUAAAAUACAAACCCUUGUGAUCUCUGAAGUCCCUCUGCUCACUGGUUGAUGAUGUCUUUGUUUAACCCUUUUGAUGCUUUUCAACUGCCCUAACCCAUUGUUUGGAUGAAGGCUCCUCUUCAGGCUAGAGACCUAAAUCCUUUAAAUCCACAGGCCUCCUUUCUCACAUCUUUAUGAAGAAAAGACUUAACUAGGAUGCAAUUUUAUUUCAAAGUAGAAAAAAAAAGAAGCAAGAAAGAUCCAAAAUGUAGAAGUGAAAUGUGAAGAAAGUCACGGCUAUGAAAAACAAUGGGUCAUAAGGAACUUUAAAGGGUAAGGGAAUAAUUUUGGUUAGGACAAAAACUGAUAUAGCAAUGUUUGUCCUAAAAUAAGUCAUGGUUUAAUAGGAAAAAUUUGGAAUAAAUACAGGACUUCAGCAUGUCAAAAGUAAUCUAUGUAAGGCAUGAUAUUUGCAAAAGUGGAUUUAUCAACAUUUUGUAUGUCAACAAGUUGGUCUAAUUGAAAGGGAAACUCUCACAUUAUAACAAAGAUAUUUGUACCAGAAUGUUUAUUGCAGCCCAAUUCAUAAUUGCUAAGUCAUGGAAAAAGCCCAAGUGCCCAUCGAUCCAUGAAUGGAUUAAUAAAUUGUGGUAUAUGUACACCAUGGAAUAUUAUGCAGCCUUAAAGACGGAGAAAGAUGUUUACAUGGAUGGAGGUGGAACAUAUUCUUCUUAGUAAAAUAUCUUUUUUUUGUGUGUGUGUGUAGAGACAGAGUCUCACUGUACCGCCCUUGGGUAGAGUGCCGUGGCGUCACACGGCUCACAGCAACCUCUAACUCUUGGGCUUACGCGAUUCUCUUGCCUCAGCCUCCCGAGCAGCUGGGACUACAGGCGCCCGCCACAACGCCCGGCCA